AUGAUGAACUCCUUUGUUUUAGUUGGCAAACGUGGGAUGGAGUCGGAGCUACUGAAGUCGCGCGCUAUUCCGAUUUCUGCAGAAUCUGUGCGAAUACUCGAAUCACCAACGGAUUUUUACCAAUUUCUUUUGGAGCGAUCGCAUUCGGCGAAAAAGAGAGUAACGCUAAGUUCGCUCUACCUUGGAGACGGGGCAUUGGAACAUGCUUUGGUUGAUGCUUUGAACUCAAACUUGAAUCAAAAUAAGGAACUCGAAGUUGCUGUUCUGCUGGACUGCCUACGUGGUACACGCGGUGAACGAAAAGGCGAGAGUAGCACGACGCUUCUCAAGGCAAUUGCUGAUAGAGCGUCGAUAUACUUAUUUCAUACACCGGCGUUGUCUGGACUAGUUAAGCGGCUUCUCCCUGAGAGGACAAACGAAAUUGUUGGUCUGCAGCACAUGAAGCUCUAUAUUUUCGACGAUACUGUUCUGAUAAGUGGGUGGGUUUGCUGUUUGACUAAUUAUUUGUAA